AUGACUAAUAAAAUGUCAUAUAUGGCUAUUGAUAUGGAUUUAUAUGAUGUGCCAAAAAACAAACAACAAAUAAUAAAAUAUAAAUCAUUAUAUUUUCGUGAUUUUUUAGCUGAACUAUUCGGUACUUUUGUUAUGAAUUUAUUGGUAACGGGUUGUGCCGCUUCCUAUACAUUGAAAGGUCAUAAUUCAGUUAGCGAUCUAUUGGGCUCAGCCAUAGGUACGGCCAUUGGUGUACUCCUGGGUGUAUCGCUAACUAUAUCAAUAUCAGGAGCCCAUCUGAAUCCGAUUGUCACAAUAGGACUGACAUUAAUCGGAAAGUUUAGUCACAAAAAAAUUGUUACCUAUUUGUUGGCCCAGUAUUUGGGCGCAUUGUUGGCCACAGCACUUGUAUUUGCCAACUAUUAUAAUGCUAUCGACUUUUUCGACAGUGGUAUUCGGUCGGCUUAUGGCCACCAUACUAGUACGGCUCAUAUAUUUACUACAUUUCCCGAUUCAACGGCUACACUGACAACUAUACUAAUGGAUCAGAUUAUUUGCGCUACAAUUGUAAUGGUAUUUGUGAUGGCAGUACUUGAUGAUAGAAACCUACAGAUACCUCAGUACAUGGUACCGGUGCUCAUCAGUCUAAUCAUAAGCGGUAUUGUCAUAUCGUUUGGUGUCAACUGUGGUGCAGCCCUUAAUCCGGCUCGCGAUCUAUCGGCCCGUUGUUUCCUAACGUUUGUCGGCUACGGUAACGAUGUAUUCAGUCCAUUGAAUGGUCUCUAUUGGCUUAUCGGUGGUGUCGUUGGUCCACAUUUGGGUGCACUUAUCGGUUGUUCACUCUAUUUGCUAUUCAUUGAAUUGCAUCACACAAACAACAAACAUGAAACCAUUGCACUCAUUCAGCCAACAAAUUGAUUAAAAAAAAAUCUCAAUUAUUUUCAUUAUUUAAAUUAUAAUUAAAUAUAAUACAAUA